AUGCUGAAGCUUUCAGACGAGGUGGUUCGCAAAGCGCUGGAGUUUUUGCGAGACCCCGAAGCAUCUCUGACUCGGAAGCUGGAGAAUGUCGCCGCGUGGCUGGAUUGCUCUCCGAGUUUGCCUGGUGUGUGCGAAGCAGUGUCUUGUCGCCUGCUCUGUCCUUGCUCGGACGAUCCAUCGGUGAUUUCCGAACGGUACUGCUGCCGCUUGUGUGUCUUCAGUUGCCAGAACUUGGGGGAUCUGAAGCAGCACAUUGUCAGCAGUCACUGUGUGCGGCCUCUCGACGCGGAGCUGGCUUUCGUUGAAUACCGUAAGAAAAUCUUGGCGAUGGUGGAGCACGCCGGUCCCAUGGUGCCUGGGAUGAGUCGCCAGCGCGCAAUCGCCGCAAAUUUCGACCAGCAGCUGCGCUGCCCUGUCGGAAUGGAUGGCGGCCGAGCGGAAGGAGGCUGCGUGGUGUGCGCUCGCCGCUUCUGGCUCAGCGAGCUGUACCCGAUGGUCCUGUUUCAGAGUCCGGAGGCGGAUUUGUCUACUAUCGAGGUGCCGUCCGGCGCCGAGACGAUUGCACCGAGUCAGCAGCAGCGACUCUGCCGAUUGCUGGGCAUCGAUCGCUAUGCGGAGCGCUGGCCGCAUAUAGAUCGUGGCGAACUGCAGGCAUCUGCUGUCGAGCAUCCGUACAUUCCAGGAGAGUUUCUGCUGUUGCAUCGACGGCGCAUGCCCGCAUCUUCCGUGGAUCCGUGCCCGGUUUGCCGAAACUGUCGCCUGAGUCUGAAGAGCUCGAUUCUCACGCUUCCGAGACAUGCGCUGGCCAACGAUCUUUGGAUGGGACGUGUUUUGCCCGAGCUUUCCAAUCUGUCCCCCGGAACAAAGCGGUUGCUUCCGAUCGUACGGGUCUGCAUGCAGGUGACUGUCCUGCAACCCUUGUCGCUGCCGCGAGAUGAGAGACAGAAGGGAUAUAUCGGCAACACGAUUUUCUUGCCUCAGGCUGGUCCUGGCGCCAUCCAGGCUACGUUGCCUCCCAAAGACCAGGACAUGGCCGAGAACAUUUUGUUCGUUUUGGUGGGGCAGAAGAAAGAGGAUCUCAUUAAGUCCAGCAAGCUCCUGCAAGCUCCCAGGGGGGAAUACGUUGCGGCUGUGGAGAGCUACCUGGCCCGCGAACUAUUGCAAAAGGGGCCCGCCGACGCGCAAGGCCAAGCUGAGGAGGAGGAGGAGGGGCAGGACGAGCGGCGUCCGGAGCACGGCGCCGGCAGCUCGGAGGACGCCGUCUUGCGAAUUCCAGCUGCUGGUGCCGGCCGCUCGGAUGACGCCGUCUUGCGAAAUCCAGAUGUUCAAUCGGACUCGGGUCAUUUGGUGUCCAGCAUCGUCGGAUUGAACGACGAUUCAGACGACGGCAAUCGCUGGCUGCGAAUGUGCCGCGACGUAGAAGACUUGUGUCGUCGCAAGCCUGUGCAGCAAUACUACACGGACGCAGAAUCCGUCCUUCGCAACCGGGCCCAAAACGAUUUGGAGCAUGAUCGAUCGCCCGCCGUGGGCUUGUUGGGGCGCGAGGGAGCUCAAGAGCGGCUCGUGCUGCGCCGUGUUCAAAGGGUGCAAUCGCUGGCUAAGGGCGUGGAGCAGGAGCGAAGAGCUCAGGGGCAGAUGUUCGAGGUGCGGCCGCAAAAGCUCGUGGUGCCUAGUCGUGACGAGCCGAUGAACAUGUUCCAGCCGGCGACAUGGGCCAUGGCGUUUCCGGAGCUUUUCCCUUGGGGCGACGGCGUGCCGUUUGUCAAGCGGGAGACUAGCAUGGAGGCGGGCGAGGUAUUUCGGUAUUUGCUGCUUCGAGAGGAGCUGGUCUAUGGCGAGAGCGAUGCCCCGCCGCCGCUUCCUCGGUGGAGUUUGUCCGCUAUGGCGUUGCACGGGGAGAAGGCCGACAUUCGUGAGUUGUUGCGCUCGUCGGAGGUGGAUGUCUCACUGAAGCGGGCGCUUGGCAGUGUGCUGCAGGUCGGCGCGAGUGUCUUGGGCACGGAAGGCCACCGCAGUCAAAUUCGACUUCGCGGCCACGCGGCUGGCUGGCACUAUGGCACCUCGCACGUCUUCGUGACGCCGAAUCUGGCGGAUUCUCGUGCUUCUUUGCUGCUGCAGCUGCACAUGCAGGGUCUGGAUGGGAAGGUGGAAAACUACGACGUGGAUUUGCGAUGGGACUUGGAGGAUCCCGUGCUGCCGUCGUUGGCCGCAAUGCGGCGCGUGCUGGCAGCUGAUCCCGUGUCGCAGGCCAGGUUUUUCGACCUCAUGAUGACCUUGUUCUUGGAAGAGGUGUUGGGAACAUUGCCAGCCUUUACCCGAGCCAGUUUUCGGGCAGGUAAGGCUCAAGUCUACGAAGAUGGUUUCGCGGCGUCGACUUUCCCAGGUUGUUUCGGGGACAUUGCCGCCUUCUGCGGACCUCUGGAGACUCAAGGACGAGGUUCGAUGCAUCCGCACAUUUUGAUCGUUCUCCUGGGCCAUGACUUGGGCAGUCGUUUGCGGUCUAUGAUGGCCAGGGCGGAGCGGGGCGAGCUGGUGAUCCAGUUGCAACGCUGGCGCGAGAAAGUCUUGCGAGCUGCAAGCCGGAUUCGAUACGACAGUCAGCUUGGCUUGGCCGCCCAGCUCUCGGUAGAAGCCGCGCCUCUUCCUCUCGGCGAACGUCAGCGGGAGUCUGCGGGCAAUCAGUAUGCCGAGACUCAGCUGGGGCCGAAGGAGUCGGACGGGCAUGAGCUAGCGACGACGGAGAGUAUCGAGCAUGUGCCCUUGCAGUUGACAGGCUGCUAUAAUUCGCUUCGACCGGCUUAUCUUCGGCGUGGGCGGAAUGGAGAUCCACUGCCUGGCUCCGAGUGGUCGCAGCAGCUGUGCAAGGACUAUCGGCGUCUGGUCAUUCAAAACCACUUUCACAAGUGCACGAAGUCUUGCUUCAAGAAGAAGUCUUCCAGGGGCAAGCGUGGAUGUCGCUUCGGGUGCUUUCACUUGGAGCUGAUGACCGAGACGAAGGACGAUGGUGAGGAGAAGGCUUGCAUGAGAUGUAACGUGGACGUGAAGUAUCUUGGGCGAAGUCUUUGUAGUGGUGAUCUGGAAAUGUUGAUGGCCCAGGGUGAGCACAAGUGUCUGGACGCAUGCCUGCAGCGGCUGAUUGUUGACAUGUUUCGAGACAUGCAGGACAACAUGGCCUUGGUCAGAAAUGAUGUUCAAUUCUAUACCGGAGAGUAUGCCGCGAAGAAGUUCGAGAUAUCGCGGUCAUUGCUACCAGAACUUUUUGCCGGAAUCCAACGCUUGGAACAGGAAGAAACCGAACGCCGGCGUCAAGAGUCGGAGAAUGCUGCGGAGGCUGCCCCAGCUGAGCCUGGUGUGCGGUCGCAAGCUACGCAACUUCGCGCGUUGAGUGUCCUGCGUCGUUUGGCGUUCGGCAUGCAGCGUUGCGUUGCGAAGUCCAACGGCGAGAUGGCGUAUCAACUGUUGUUUCAGCAGGAACAACUCGUGAGCUACAGCGGGUACAACAUGUUCUUCCGUUUCGUCCCCUACGCGAUGAUGAAGGCUCGCCAGGUGGCGCUGGAAGCCUUUUCCGAAAGCUGGCCUGACUUGCGUGUUGUUGCAUUGGAGACCGAGCAGAACCCGGAAGGCUGUGAGGUCCCGUUGCAGGAGGUGGCGGAUGUAGUCGAAGACACUGGCGUCGGGGACCCUGUCGGCAAGGGUCGCCAACAGUCGCAGGUGGUGUCCUACAAUCAGAAGGACGACUACGUGCAUCGCGGCCCCAGCGCCGUAUUGGCUUGCAUGUCCCUGGUAAACUACUCGCGCUACGUGCGGCGUGUGUCUCGUAGCAAGGCUGGGAGGGUGGACUUCGUGCGUUAUUUCCCGUUCGAUGAGCACUACGGCCAGUUUGCGUCUUCUUUGCAGGAGCUUCGAGUUGCUGAUGACAACGUCGUGGUGCCGAUGGAUUUACAAUGGCCUGCAGCUGGCGAGCAGGAGAAGCUGGCUUGUUGCAUGCUGGGGCUUUCUUAUCCGUUUCCUCGCUGUUCCGGUGCUUCACAUUGCGUCGAAUCUUGGAAGUGUUUCGAGUGCCACGUGUUGGAGCCGCGAAAGGAAGAAGGUUUCGUGCGAUGCCGGUUUUCACCAAUGUGGCGGCACUGGCGCGCCUGCAUGAAGCUGCGCAAAGCUUCUGCGCAGGAGAGGCUUUUGGCCGGUGUAGCCCUUCCGUAUGUGAGGGAUCUCAUCGGUGUCCGAGAGUGGUUUCCGACGCCCGUGGAUGGCCAAGCUGAGGAGGAGGACGAGCAGGACGAGCGGUGUCCAGAGCACGGCGCCGGCAGCUCGGAGGACGCCGUCUUGCGAAUUCCAGCUGCUGGUGCCGGCAGCUCGGAUGACGCCGUCUUGCGAGACCCGUCGCACGGCGCCGGCGGCUCGGAUGACGCCGUCUUGCGAGAUCCGCCUACCGAGCCGGACCCCGGCCACUUCGCAUACUUCCUCAUGUGGUGUUGGGGCAAGAUGUUUUCCGAUCGCAGCAGUGCUUCUCACGAUCUUCCGCGAGUUCACGAACGAAUUUGUUGCUUUUUGGGCAUUCCCUGUGGAUUUCACUAUACUCAACUCACUGCCCUGGAGCAUAUGUGUCACGUGCAAGAUACCUGGCUGGAGCGACUAUCUUUACAUCAUUCGGCGAGACAGACGAGCAGCAGCCAGCGCAGAGCGGACCGCUUUGCGUACGUAUCCAAAGCGGACGAAGAUGGCGAGGAGGACGAUGCAGGGCCCGUGGACAUCGAGGGUGACGGCGUCCCGGACGACCUCGAGCACCAAGAUGCCAUCGAGCGCACUGAAUGCGCCGAGUACGCUGUGUCCAUGGAUGCCCUGGCGGAAGUUUUGUUCCGCGACAAGGAGUGGAAGAGUGCAAUGUCGGGACGUGCGAGCAAAACCAAGGAGGCGUUGCAAUGCUUGAAGCUCGUCGUGGACGGUCUCGGCGGCUUGCCAGACGUUCAGGCGGCACCUUCCGGUCCAACUGUCGGUGCUGCUGGCAUUCGGAGAAUCUGGGCGCAGGGCGACGCCCAAGCGGCCUUCGACCAGCAGCGUCGUUACCUGGAUAAGGCUGAUGGUAAGCGCCAGGAGCGCGUCAAUUGUCUGUGGCUGGGAGCAGGAGGGAGCGGGAAAACAUGGGCGUACACCCAAGUUGUACGGCCGGUCUUUCGCCGCUUCUUCGGCGAAGAUGGGUUCGUGGCGGGCGCGCCCACGCACGCUGCCGUGCGACUGCUAGGACGAGAAGCACGCACGCUGCACAAGCUGGCUAACGUCAAUCCCGGCGGCGGCCUGGACCGUCGGACUCUUCGGGCACAGAAAGCCAGACAAGACGCCCUGGAGAGGCGAAUAGUAGCGGCCCUUGCUGCAGUGCUUUGCCCGCGUUGGGUUCCAUGGGAGUGUUGCGUAAGGUACAGUAGUUUCGCGGAUGGGCUAACUUAUCGUGGUAAUUUGGAACGCAAGGUCUUCGACGAAAUGUCCAUGACUCCGUCUGAUGUUUAUCAUGCUGCCGGCUAUCGCUUUGCCUUGCAGCGCGCCGACACAUUGGAACUGGACCCUUCUCGUUACCUGCAGGAAUGGUUCGGUCGCAUGCCUAUUGGCAUACAGCUGGGUGACUUCCUGCAGCUUCGGCCAGCAGCACAGAGAAGUCUGUGCGAGUGGCAGGAAACAACGUCUGCCGUGGACACGGCACAGUCCGAGGAUGAAGAAGAAGAAGCUCAAGCCGGGUCAGAGGAGAGCAAUGCAUCGGAGCUGGGACGCUUGCUUUUCAAGAAUUCUGUGCGCAUCGUGGUCCAUUUCACGGGGACCGGACGGUUUUCAUCCUGCGCAUCCGGGCAGUCCUUGGUCCGCAUUCUCGGACACAUGCGGCAAGGCACCAGCUUGUCUGAUGCUCUCUGGCGAGAGCUGCAAUCUCGAGUGUUACAGCCGGACACCUUGUCGACCGUCAACGGCAGAGAAGAGUUCUUCUCGGCCUACUGGGGCGGUAUGGCUUGGGAGCAAGUGGGUAGACUGCAGCAUCUGCGGUCUACUUUGGAAGCUCGCGCGGCACAGGAGCAACUUUACUUCGUGCAGGCGAUCGACAAGCCCGCGGGAGGUCGCAGUCUUACGCCGGAAGAAGCUAGCGCUGCGCUCAGAACAGUCAACAUGACGAAGACGGGAUACCUGAUGGGCAUGUGCCCGUUAUUCGUUGGCAUGAAGGUCCGCAUCUCGUGCAUUUUACCCGAGACACUUCUCAGCAGGGAGUUGCCUUGCAUCGUUCGACGCGUUGAGCUGCAUCCGAAGGAGCCCGUGGUGGAGAGCAGUGCAGCUUGUGUCGUGCUGCGUUACCAGCCACUCGGCGUGCUUGUGGAAGUGGACGAUAAGGAAUACUCGCAACUACAGCUGCCUGGCGCGUGCGACGUUCCCAAAGGCCACUUCUUCGUGCGGCCGGUGUGCGAAAGCAAUGGCUUUCUGGUCCAGGUUGGCAAGGACUCGAAAUUCAGAGUCAUGCGCAAGCAGGCGCGCCAUCGAGUGACCGCUCAUCGCGGACUGGUGGCUUUUUUGAACCAGCCACCGUGGAUGAAAGAUGCCGACUAUGCUUUGGCGCUCUAUGUUAUGAUGUCGCGU